UUGACAAAAUAAUGUAAUUGAUUAUUGAAUUACUAUUAUUAUUAUUAUUAUUAUUGUUAUCAUUUUCCUCAUUAUUGUGACGUGAGUAAUAAUAAUAUGCCGGGUUCAAAGUAAACCAUCAAAGAAUUGGAAUCCGCAUCAGUUCAUUUAAUUCAUCGGAACAAACUUUCCUAGAAAUUUCCUCUUCAUUGGGUACUUAGAAAAAGUUUAUACAAUGACAGAAACAGAAAAUAUUUUUUUGUUUGUUCCAAAUUUAAUCGGUUUUGCGAGAAUAAUACUAGCUGUUAUUUCGUUUUAUUUUAUGCCAACAAAUUACGUUAUUGCUGGCUGGUGCUACGUAAUAAGCGCACUGUUGGAUGCUGUUGAUGGUCAUGCUGCUCGAUACCUUAAUCAAAGUACAAAGUUUGGUGGCAUGCUCGAUCAGUUAACAGAUCGAGUAGGCACGAUGUGUCUUCUCGUUAAUCUCAGUAUGUUCUAUCCAGCAUAUGCUUUCUGGUUCCAACUGAGUAUGGCUAUUGAUAUAUCUUGCCACUGGAUUUAUUUACAUACGACAAUUUUGCAAGGAAAAACCAGUCAUAAAUUUAUUGACAUGUCUGAAAAUCCGAUUAUGAGUAUUUAUUACACGAAUCGUACGGUUUUAUUUUUAAUGUGCGCUGGAAAUGAAGCGUUUUAUGCGGCUCUGUAUGUUUUGCAUUUCACCGAAGGACCCAUUUUGUUCGGGAUAAGUUUAUUCAGAGCAGCGUUAUUCAUAUGCGCACCUAUAGCAAUAGUAAAAUCAUGCAUUUCAAUACUUCAUGGAUAUGUCGCUGCUAUAAAUCUCAGUAUAAUUGAUGUUAAAGAACGUCGAGAAUUAAAUAAAGCAAAAUAAUCAUGUGUUUAGAGUUUUUAAAUUUGAAAUUUUAUGACUGUUAUGUGAGUUUUUUUUAUUAACGUUAAGCAAAUAGUUGUUAUUUUAUUUAAUCUUUGAUGAUGUGAAUAAUAGAUGUAUUUUACUAUCUAUAGUCAAGAAACCAAAUGCGUUAUGUCGUGCAUAGAAAAAAAGAAUUUUUUUGGCGCAAGAAAAAUUUUUAUCGUACCAAGAAAAUUUUUGUUCUCAAUUCAUAAUGCAAAAAUUUUCUUGGGGAGAAUAAAAAAUUUUCGCGCCAAAAAAUCUUUGUUCUGUGUAAAAAAUUUAGAUAUUUUCUAAAAGUGUCGAUGUUCUAUUUAAGUUUUAAAUUAGUCUACAAAAUAGCCAUUAUUUUUGGCAUGUUAUGAUGAAGUGAAAUACAAAAUAACAUUUAACUUGUAGAUUUCGUUUAGUCUAAUAGCAUAUGAUUUUACAAAAAUUAUAUUGACCUUCCCAAAAUUUAAAGAUAAAAAAAAUACUCAAUUUUUAGGCGAUUAUCAAGCCGUAACUUAAAAAUAAACUCCUAGAGUAAUUAAAAAGUUGGCAAUAAAAAAUUACGGCUUAAAGCCACCAGUUUUGAGCUCCAGCAUUCGAAAUUUCGAAUAAUAGACAACUUAGAAAAAUAUUUUGGUUUGUCUUUCUUUUUAUUACUCUACGAUAGUUUUUGCUAAGUUACAGCAUGUAAAAAGUCGCCUAGAUCGAUAUUUCAUUCCACAAACUUCCAU